AUGAAUCGUCUCAAGUCCAAAGCAUCACGCUUCUUCAAAGAUGGUCCGAGUCAGGACGAGAAAGCAGCCAACGCGCCUCCAAGUCAUGAAGCUGACUUUGACGCUGGUAUUGAGAGCGGCCUGCGAAGUAAACCAUCUCGCUUCUUUCGGAAACAGAGCGACAAGCCACUUCCAGCUCCGCCGUCUGAUGGUCCUUCGAUUCAAGCUCCCCCACCCAUAUCAAAGGACGAUAUCGGUGAGCGCGAAGACGUAGCGGUCGAGAAUGCGCUUGGGUCGACGUCACUAGAGACAGACAAACCGCUUCCAUCACGUUCAGUCUCUACCGAAGUAAUAGGAUUAAAAGCACCAGUGGUCGAAAGUGAAGAACUCCACGCUGCAGUGCGCAAAGCGAAACCGGCAGACUUGGUGCUCAAGAAGCGCCCCAGCUUUGUAUCCCUGCGGAAGUCUAGCUCUCGAAUUUUCCGCACCCACAUUGGUGAUCAUGACCGUCCUCCACCACCCAUGCCCCAGAUUCCCAUCGACACACCCACGCCAAAGUCGCGCCGACCUACUCUGCGACCCCUGGAAUCAGUUCGCUCUGCGCGCUCGUCCCGAUCAAGCUCAGGUCGUAUCGUAUCCAUCUCUCGCCCAGUCUCAUCAACGCAAGUUUCCCAGCUUCCAGCUACGCUCAAACCAUCAAAAGUUCCCUUUACGAAACCCUCCGGUCCUCCACCAGCACGCCCACCUCGCCCCGAGAGCCUCGACGACGAGCUGACCACCCUCGUGCGCGACGGAAGCGCACGAAUGAUCCUCCACACGCCAAACCGCACACGCACACUGACCGUCUCAACCUCAUCAUCCGCGCGCUCUCGCGCCCUGACCCGGGUAGGUUCAGAAGAAGCGUGUACUCGCCUCGGUCUUCCCUCGGGUCACUCUUCCCUCUCUUCUCCCAAAUCACCGAUCUUCGACUCUCCGCUCGCCGCAAACUUCCCGCUCGACCCGAACCGGCCUCUGCCUUUUCGCGACAGCUCCGGCAGUGUGAAGGGGUACGGACGGUCCAGCACGUACAUCAAGGCUAGGCAACAGUACAGCAGCAGUGGGUACACGGAUGGUGUUGAGCAGGAUGACAGGGAGCUUGGACCUAUUGAGCAGUACAGAGAGAGCAAGUGUGGAGAUUGGACGUUGGAGCGGAGGGUUAGUGGGAAGCUGGGGGAGCGGGGGAUGUUGUUUCGGGAUCGGUGGGGUGGGUGGCAUUUUGUCGCUGAUAUCUAGACAACCCCGAGGUGGAAACAUGUGGAGUCAUGUUGGAUUAUGUACAUCACUAUGUUCGAGGAGUUGUGUGGGUCUUGAGAUUGACUGGCGGUAUCAUUUACAUGCAGUUCGCGGAGCACGC